UUCCAGGUUCGGUAGAGAAGGAAGGCGCACGAGCGAGGUGUUUCUCUGCAGACAGGUCACAGGAGCUGUUUGGUCCUUGCUUAUUUAGACCCGCCUAUCAACACGCCCUUGUCCCUGUAAUAAAUAUCACUCAAAGGGACCCGUCGUGUACUUCUCUCUCUGCUGCUGCAACCGGUAUCCCAGAUCUGCUCCUCUUCUCUCCUCAUCUGACAGAAGACCAUGGACUCAGAAAUUGAUCAGCAAGAAGAGUCUUCAUUCAGCAACUCAGAGACUAAUGGUAAGCGUCCUGCUGAGGAUGCAGAUGAGCAGAAAUCAUUCAAGCGCUCCAGGAACUCGGAUGAGAUGGUUGAGCUGCGCAUCCUCCUGCAGAGCAAAAAUGCAGGAGCUGUAAUUGGAAAGGGUGGCAAAAACAUCAAAGCCCUCCGUACAGAUUACAAUGCCAGUGUGUCAGUCCCAGACAGCAGUGGGCCUGAGCGCAUCCUGAGCAUCAGUGCCGACAUUGAGACCGUUGGAGAAAUCCUGCUGAAGAUAAUCCCCACCUUGGAAGAGUACCAGCAGUACAAUGGUGUGGAUUUUGACUGUGAGCUGCGUCUGCUGAUCCACCAGAGCCUCGCUGGCUCCAUCAUCGGGGUGAAAGGAGCCAAGAUCAAGGAGCUCCGUGAAAACACAAAGACCAGUAUCAAGCUGUUUCAGGAGUGCUGUCCCCAGUCGACAGACCGCGUCGUGCUGGUUGGUGGUAAAACGGAGAGAGUGGUUGAAUGCAUCAAAACGAUGCUGGAGCUCAUCUCUGAAGCUCCCAUUAAAGGUCGUACACAACCCUACGACCCUAACUUCUACGAUGAGACGUACGAUUACGGUGGCUUUACCGUGAUGUUUGAAGAGCGGGGUGGCGGCCGCAGGAUCAUGGGAGGCUUCCCCAUCCGCGGAAGCAGACCCAGUGCCGGCGACCGCAGCUAUGAGCGGAUGUCCACCAGCAGAGGGAUCCGGGGCCCCAUGCCCAGCUCCCGCCGGGAUUACGACGACAUGGGCUCCCGCCGAGGUCCUCCUCCACCCCACCCAAGUAGGGUUGGCAGACUGAGCGGCCGUCCGCGUAACGUGUCCAUGGGACACCCACACAGAGGAGAUGACCGUUACUAUGACUCGUACCGUGGCUCAGAUGACAGGUCAAAUGACAGAAGAGGCAGACUGGAUCGCUAUAGCGAUAACAUGACUGGUGGGGGAUAUGAUAACAGUUCUUCCUGGGAUAGCUACCAGUCAGGUGGACGCUCCUAUGGCGACAUGGGUGGCCCUGUCAUCACCACACAAGUGACGAUCCCCAAAGACCUGGCCGGCUCUAUCAUCGGUAAGGGAGGCCAGCGGAUCAAACAGAUCCGCCAUGAGUCUGGGGCCUCCAUCAAAAUCGAUGAACCUCUCGAAGGUUCUGAGGACAGAAUCAUUACCAUCACUGGCACCCAAGACCAGAUCCAGAAUGCUCAAUACCUUCUACAGAACAGUGUGAAGCAGUACUCGGGUCAGUUGCUGUAAACCCAGGACACUCAGAUUGGAGCAGACACAGAUUGCCCAACUCCCCUCCUCAACCUUUCUGCCCCUGUCCAACACAUCCACCUUCAGACUAUUCAGGAUUGCGGGUGGCUUUUUGAAUUUUAUUUUUGUAUUUUUUAAUAAAAUAAUUGUCCAACAUUCCUGCGCGUAAGAGAAAAUGUAGAUGUUCUGCAUUUUUAAAGAGUGUAGUCCAUUAGAACAUCAUAUACAUUUAGCUGUUUUCUCUUCUUUUUUUUUCUAACACUCAUAUAGCAACAUGUCCUUCAGACUUCUCACAAGCAAAAAUAAACCACCUUUAUUUGAUUUGAUUGGGAUUUGUUUUUUUAUGACUUUGUUUUUGUAUGUAAGUUUGUGUCUGUGUAAACCUGUCCUGUUUGCGGGCAUGUCGGUGUGUUUGGGUUGGUGUGUUUUUUCUGUCGUCUAUCAGUCCUUUCAAACACAGGUUUACCACAUUACCACUCUGUGCAACGUGCAGAAUGUAAGCUAUUUGUCCUACCUUUUUUUUUUUUUUUCUUUGAGCUGUGGAGAUUCUCCCUGGCAUGAUGGAAAGUUUAAUUUGAGACUUGUGUAUGCACCAGAUACAGAACACGUCAAAUUUGUAAGGAAAUGGUAGCUUUGUGGUGACAAAACAACAUAUAACAUAACUUCACAGGUGGAAGUGUAGUUAGAAAUUUGGAGAGGCAUUUUAUUUUAGAUUUGACAAAUGAUAUUGAACUAAUCUGUUUUUGUUUCUUCGCAAUUUCCUGUGCUCUACAUUUGUUUGCUCUCCAAGCUGUAGACUUCACAUUGUCAAAUUGUAAAACCAAUAAAGAUGCCACUUUUUACUGGA